ACUUCGGUACACUGUUAUCACAUUAAUUAAUGGUUUGGCGUUGCUACUCAUACAAUUGCGGAUGGAAAACAAAUAUUAUUUCUGGCAUAGUAGAUCAACUCUAAAAUAUUAAAAUAAUAGAAUCCGCCAUCCGAAGCAAAGCCUAUCUAAAUAUUAAAUAUUAGUUUAAUUAUUGGUUUAUUUUUUAAGUGAAUUUAAGGACCUCCACCACUAGUUUUGAACACUGAUUUUGUCCUAGUUAUCGAAUAUUUUCAACUUUAUGGAAAGAAUAUUAAGAAAUAUGAAAUGAUAUUCGUAUUCAUUGUAGAAACCGAUAACCGAAAAGUAUUUGACUUUCUGCUUUCUUUUCUUUUCCUCUGUUACAAAGAACUAGAUCCCAUUGAAUACUUUUCAAAAUAUUGGUCUUAAUUUUUUUAACUGUCAAAAGAGGUGGAGUCGAUAUACAUACUAUAUCGGCUAUUUUCAAUUUUGCUAUUACAAUGCCUUCGAUGGGGUCCAUAUAGCCAUAUCCUGAAUACUGCAGUUUAAUUGAAAUAAUAAUAUCUUUAUAAUUAAACCUAUUCCGAGUGACUGUUCCCAAGUGUUGAAUCAUUAUCAAAUCGCUUCAGAAUUACUUAAUGAUCAUUACUUUAAUCAACAACACAUUGAAACAACCGAAACGAAAUGAAAACGAAUCAACAACGAAAUUUUGCCGGUCCCUUUUAAGCGGCGCACGCACGCUCUCUCGCGACAACACAGACACAUGCAUGCACUGCGCACACUCUCACACCAAAGCAAAGUGGAGCCAAAGUGCUUCUUUGUUAACGCUGAGCGGCGAUAGCAGCGUUCAACAAGUGGGGAGUCGUGUAUGCUUUUUGUUGUUUACGGCGACUGGUUUGUUGAGUAGAACUUAUUAGCGCUGCCGCUGUUGUUGGUAACUUUUUCGGUGUUCCAACGCCAGAAAAGCAUUUGAGCAGUCGCCAAGCGAUUAGUUGGUACCGAGUGAGCGAGCGAUACGAAAGUGUUUUAAAACCGCGCGAAUAAACGACGUGCAUGAAUAGAAAAUAUUCUUUUUUAUUUUAAUGUUUCUCACAUUUUUUCAUGUGUGUUUAUUGGAAAUUAGUUAAAAAGUGCAGAGGAAAGUGAAAAUAUUCAAUAGUUCAUAUCUAAAGUGCUGCACUUAAGCUCUAAUUGAAGUGGUUUAGUGUGGAGAAACGGAAGUUUAGGAAGCAGUGUUAGUGCGCUUUUCAUUUGCAAAAGCAAGUUCAAGUUGUGAAAAAUAAUACUUAAUAAUAAAAUUAAAGAAUAAUUACUAAAAAAGUGUUAACCUAACCUCCAAUCAUUUGAAAAAAGCAAUUUAUUAAUCUACAUAACAGUAUGUUUAACAUUGUUUUACAAAUUUAAGCGAAUUUUAUAUGUUGAACGAAUAACGAAUCACCUAUUUUUGGAAUAACGAAAACGAUAUGGAUCCGGCGAUUUUAAUUGACGAACGCCAGGACAUACAAAAGAAGACCUUUACAAAAUGGAUUAACUCACAUUUGCUAAAGACCCAGUGUACACCAGUGAACGACCUGUUUGAGGAUCUGCGCGAUGGCCAUCGUUUGUUGGCGCUCCUUAGUGUGCUUACUCAAUCACAGUUGAAACCGGAACGCGGUCGCAUGCGCGUACAUCACAUCAAUAACAUAAACAAAGUAAUCCAAGUGAUACAGGAGCAUGGCGUCAAGUUGGUGAAUAUAUCCAGCGACGAUAUAGUCGCUGGCAAUCCGAAAUUGACGCUCGGCUUGAUUUGGCUGAUAGCGCUCGAAUUUAACGGCCAAAACCUGGUGAAGAGUCAGUCGAGUAAUGGCGUGGAGAAAUCACUGCUGGCUUGGGCGCGUCAAUUCACCGAACCCUAUGGACUGCAGUUGCAUGACUUCUCCAGUAGUUGGGCUGACGGACGUGCCUUUCUCAUUGUGCUCAAUGCGCAUCUCGAGGAUAUCGAUUUGAGCGCAGCGCUCACAAAGCACCCGCUGGCGCGUCUCCGCACCGCAUUCGAUUUGGCGCACAAAUACUUUAAGAUCGAGAAACUGCUCGAUCCGGAGGAUGUGCACACUCACAAACCGGACAAUAAGUCGAUACAAAUGUACGUGAUGUGUCUGUAUCAUGCCAUGGAGUCGCGACGCAAUCGUGAACGCAGUGAUAGUGCCGGCGAGGCGGUGUUGUUCGACGAGAAGGCGCAGGAGGCGCUACCACCAACACGCGCACACAGCAACACCAACACUAACAUCACCGAUCUGGACGAGGUGCCGUUGGAUAGCGCAGAGGAGGUGUUCUCUGACUUAAGCAGUACGCCGGUCAGCAGUUCGGAUCCAGUGAAGUCGACCAAGUACAGCAGCGAUACGAUGCGCAGCAUUAUGGAUAUCGGCAUGGAUGACAGCAAGCCGUUGGAUUAUUUACGCACGGCACAUGAUAAAUCUCGUCCCAUCAGCACUGCGACAAAUGCAUCCAUCGAGAUAACGAGCUAUCAGGCAGCACUGGAAGCGGUGCUUACACUACUGUUGGAGGAUGAGCAGAUACUCUCACGUGAGCUGCCCGAACCGAUUGACUUUCAAAGCGCUAAAAGUCAGUUUCACGAAAACGAACAUUUCAUGCUGAAGCUCACCGAACAUCAACAGUAUGUGGGUGAAGCGCUCGAAGAGGGUUCGAAUUUGAUCAAUGAAUCACAAAAAACAUCCGGUCUGACGACCGAAGAUCAGAAUGAAAUACGUCAGCAGAUGGUGUUGCUCAACGAACGCUGGGAGACUUUACGUUUGCAAGCGCUCGAUGUGCAAGCGAAGAUACUAGCACGGCUUGCAGAAUUUCAAUCGCAACAGAUCGAAAAGCUGCGUCUCUUCCUCACUAACAUUGAAGAUCGCAUCUCGCACAUGACGAAUAUUGGACCGAGUUUACCGGCAGUGCAAGAACAAAUUGCCGAUGGGCGUCAGUUGAAAGAUGAUCUGUGCAAUCAGCAAACGCUGGUCGACAGCCUUAGUAAUAUGGUGGUUAUCGUAAAUGACGAGUCGGGCAACUUCAAUGAUUUGGAAGAUAAGUUGUCGGCUUUGGGUGAACGCUGGUCACACGUGUCCAAGUGGAGCGAUUUGCGCAUUGAGAAGUUGCAACAAUACAAAUGCAUUUACCGUUGGCUGGAUGCCCGCGAGCAAGACUUGAAGACAAUGGAAAGCAAAGAUGUAACCGACCUGGGUGGCAUAACGAAACGUAUGAACGACCUCAAUUACUGCGCCAAAGAUCUAUUAGAACUUGAGCGCUAUCUUAUCGAUUUAAGGCAGAUGGUCGCGGCAUCGCUGCAAGAGGGUGACGAUCAGGGUGAACGUGUGCUAAUGCAAUUAGAGAGCUUCGAGGACCGGCUGGAUGCACUCAAACAGAUCGUUGAAGUGCAGACCGAACGUAUCGAAGCGAAAGGCUUCAAGUUCGGACGAGACCGUGCGUCAUAUGAUGACAGUCGUGUUGUGCGACCGGAUGGUUGGGUGGAUUUCCAAAUGCUUAUUAAGUUUGGUGAAGAGAAUGAAGAUGGGAAUGAGGGAGCAGAAGAUACAAAUGUGGUGCAGCCGUCACAAGAGACUACCUAUCAGGUGGUGGAAUCACCUGAGGGCAAUAAGAAACGUAAGUUACGUAGCUCGGACAAUUUUUAUCUCCUCACCGGUCGCAUUAUGGAGGCAUUCAACUUCCUUGAGGAUUGUGAGGAUCGUCUGCAGAGUGUCCAUCGACAAAGUUUACGUAAUCAAAGUGAAAUGUUAAUUGCAUUGGAGAAAGAGGUCGGCAAACGCGCGGCGCUGAGCAAUGAACUCAAGCAGCUGUAUGAAGUGUGUGAAGAGGAGGAUGUCAAACGUAAUUUAAUCAUGGAAGCCACGCAGAUAAAACAGAUUGAUGAACGCUUUGAGGCGCUCAAAAAGCAUAUUAUCGAACAGAAGUCGGAGACGGCGCAAAUCAUAGCCAAGGAAAAGUUCUACAACAGCUUGACUGGCUUCAAGUUGGUGUUGGCCGAUUCGCGUGAUUGGUACAAGCAGCACUCGCAAUCGGCGAGCAAAGCCGAUUUAGAACAGCGCUUAAGUCACAUGGAAUCGUUAUCCAGCGAAAUCGCCGAUGCGAAAGAGAUCACAGCGACACUGAGCGAGGACUUGCAAGAAUGGCGUCAGGAUUUCAGUAUUUUCUACGAGAGUUGGAACGACAUGAAGCGUGCGAUUAUCACGCUGAUACAAGAGAAGGGCGGAUUAGAUGAAGUUAAUCAGCGGUUGCAGCUUUUGGAAGACUUCAUGUCGAAAGUGUCUUGUGUCAAAGUUAUUGUCACCGAACUACCACAAAUGCAAGCGCAGCAGAAGCAGCUAAAUGAGCUCGUCGAUGAACUCGAACAAUUGAAGAUGGACUACAAAUAUGUCUGCGAGAGACGACCGGAUGCUGUUAAUACCGAGUUUGCUGAGAACUGGGCUAAAAUACCGGAAAAGCUUAACGAGCGUGUAAUCAAGCAAACGACGGCAAUUGAGAAUCUUAAUCACUUCAAUGCAGAGUACAAUGAUAUAUUGACAGUGCUGCGUAAGUUGGAGACUAAGUUUAAGCCAGAAGAGACCGAAAACUCAGAGCAGAACGGACAACCUGCAGUGGGUGACAGUAAUCGACUAAGUAUGGAACUGCGUAAGAUUGAAAUUGAUGUGAUCAGCGCACGGAACUUUAGCGAGAUACUUAUUAAAGAUGCGGAGCCGGCGCAUCGUGAACACUUGUUGUCACAAAUCAAGGAACUCAACGAAUUCUUUACAAAAGUGCAGGAUUUACAUAAAGGGCAAGCAUUGAAACGUACGCAAGUGUUGGACAAAGCGGAAGAAGUACUGGAACGUUUAGCCAAAACCGAAGUGUGGUUGAAUGAGCUCGAACAAAAUACGCCGAAGACGAAAAUCGCGGAGAUCAAUAACUCCAAUGAGCUGUUUCAAAUAAAGAGCAAAUUUCAGACACUCAAGGAGGCUUGCGAGCGUGAAUCGGUAGGUUUUCGCGAGUUAAACGAAAUAGGCGGCGAACUGCUACUGCAAAUGGAUGAGCUAAAGACCACGGGGGAGGAAGUAGACAGCAAGUACACACAACUACCGAAGAAGUUUACACGUCUGAGCGCACGUUGGACCGAGGUAACUGCGCUGGUGUAUGCCAAAACCGGCUUACUGGAGCAUAUAUCCACGCAGUUGGGCGAGUUCAAGAAAUUCAUGGUCUCGGAGUCUGGCUAUUUGGAUCGGUUGGAGAAUAAGAUAGGCAGCACACCAGAGAAUGCGGACGCAGAAGAGAUCAUUGAAGAGCUGGAUGAUCUCGAGAACGUGCUGCGUGCACACUCUGACGAGUGGCUGGAGAAAAUUCAAGAAAUUGGCAAUGAGCUAAUUGAACAUGAAUUUAUGGCGAAUUCGAUACGUGCCGAGAUCGAUGGUAUUGUGGAGCGUUGGACACAGCUACAGUUGCGAGCCAAGCAACGCACCGAAAUACUGGAGAAAGAGGUGAGCGAAGCCGAACAGUCCGAAAAGUGUAUUGUACAGUUUGAGGCUUGGCUAACACGUGUCGACGAGAUACUGACCGAACAUCUGGAGAACGAUGUGACCAUUGAAGAUCUGCCGGAUGAUUUUCAGCGUUUGGUUAAAGAAUUCGAUGAGAAAAAGCAUUGUUUCAAAGAGAUCGAGGAACUCAUUGCGGAACACACACGCAAUGGCAAGAUUGAAGCCGCCAAUCGGUUGCAGGAGAAACUGAAUUUAACCGAACUGCGUUUUAAAUCGUGCCAACUGAAGUUAAACAAAUGUACCGCACCACAGCCCGCGUACGAAUCCCGUUUAAAUCGUGCUGUGGCGGAGCUGCGUGCAGUCGAACAUUCCACUUUGGUGUUGGAUGUAGCCUCGGCUGGACCCAGCACCGUACAAGCACAAUACCAGAAAUGUGUGCAAAUCUAUCGCACGCUCUCUGAAAUCAAACCAGAGAUCGAGAGCACAAUCAAAACCGGACGCAAGGUAUGUGAGGACAAAUUCACGCGUUCACCGAAACAGUUAAGUCAACGGAUAGACGCGCUGAAGCAUCUCUACAACGCACUCGGCGAGAAUGUGACGCAAUCAAAAGCCUUCCUCGAAACCCUGCUGAAGUUGGCUCAUGAACUCGAUGAGUGUUUCGAACAUGCUGAUCAACUGAUAAGACGUUUCGAAUCUCCACAAGAGAUGCAAGAUCGUAAUUCGGGUUUCUUAGAAUUCGAAGAUCUGCUGCAGCGCUGCGAAGAAUUAUACGAAGAAUACAAGAAGUCAUGCGAUCAAACUUGUAUGGAGGAUACACGUCAGAAGAUUGACGAGCUCAAGACGAUCUACAUGAAGUUGACGAGCGCAGAUGUGAUCAAACGUUUGACCGAAAUGAAAUCUACGCUGCAGAACUUGGACAACAUAUCGCCGGAGACAUUAAAGGCCAUGGAGCACGAGUUGAAACAAAUAAAUACGCCUUCGAAUCCGGAUAUAGAAAAGUUACAACAACAAGUAAUCGCCAUCGUGGUGGAUGCUUUAAAAACGCGUUUUAAUGAAAAUUCCGAGCUGACUGCACUCUUACCAACACCACCAGCAACUGCACAAAAUACCAACACACUUGAAAAUGUCGAUUCUGAUGUUGAAAUUGUUGUACUGAGUAAUACAGUACGUCAACGCCGCGCACGUACACCAGGUGUAAAUGAUUCACAAAAUGCCGGUGAUUCACCGACCAAAUUUGAGAGGUCCCAACCAUUGCAGACCACAGUUGAGUUGCCGCCAGCAAAGGAAGUCGCCACAGAGCAGGCGAUGGUCACACAAGUGUUACCCGAUGUCUUGCCGCCACAAACAUUCCGUUUAGCUGAGUCUAGCACACUAUUCUCACACAUUUCCACAGCCACGCCCAUUGAAACGUCAGACAUUCCGCCCGCUAAGCCGCCAAAGCGUAAAAGUCGCAAGGGUGAGCAACACGCUAAAGUCGUGGAGAUACGCGAACGUAAUUUGCCACACGACAAAAUGUCCGUACAGAAUAUAGAAUUCGAGCCGCAGGUUGGUGAGAUCGUUGAAACCGUAAAUAUUUUGGAGAGUGUGGAAUCAUUCGUGCCUGAAUAUGUGGAGACGGUACAAAUUGUCGAUCUGUCUGAAGAUUCUGACUCUUCGAUGCGAUUUGACGCAGAUGGCAAAGAAAUACAGCGCAGCAAAAGCAAACGUUCGCUUUGUGAAUCACCCAAGCCACAGCCACCACUCUCACCGCUACUGGAUGACGUGGAGUUGCGCGGUGCAGUGCCACUCAACACAAGCACACCGUUCUUGCGUGUGGAGAAGCAGCGAAUCUCGUUCGAUGAGAAACGUAAGCGCAUAGAAAAAGAGCGUGAUAUAUUACGAGACUCGGAAGAAGAUGACGACGAACGACCGGCGAAGGUGGACGAGCCUUCGAGCACGAAUAUUGCUACACCGAAGCAACCCAAACGUUGGCGCCAACUUACGCUCGCCUUGGAUGAAGAGCAGUCGCCAAAGAAAGCGAAGCCACAAGAUGUGUCAGAGGGCGCGCUGGAUUCACCUCUGCGCAACAGCUUUUAUAGCGCUGACAAAGAGGCUGGUUAUGAUUUGGAGCCUUUGGUUUUCUCCGAUGAUGAGGAUAUACCGCGAUUCUCACUAGAAAUGACACCAACAUUUGAUUCCGAUAGUGAUACGAGUCGCAUUGAGACACCCGGUGCUAAGAAACCAAAUUUCUUUGAAAGCAAAGUUCUACCCACCUCUCCGUCUUUGGACGAUUCCAAUAUCACUUUGAAGAGCCCCCACUCCGACAGUCCGCUGAGUUUUCGCGACAACGCACCACUGGAUCAACGCGUACAAACUUUCGAUAAGAUGGCCAAGUAUAUGAUACGCAAAAUGGAGGCGACCAGGGAGAAAAUCGAAAAGUGCAACGAAGGCGAGGUCGCCAUUGAGGAUUUGAAACUUUUGAUUGCGCCCGAUGCCGCCACAUUGAUAUCACAAGGUGAUUCCUUGGUGUUGGAAACUCACGGCAAACAUGGUAAUCUUUCACGCUUGGUUAUGAAAACACAGAUGAUUCUACGUGAAAAGUUCCGUGAAGUGCAGCAAGCCAAAUCCAAAGUGCCUGGCGUGCCCCAGCCGAUCGACGGCAGCAAUACGCCUAGUCCGCGUUCCACACUCGAAAAGCUGAAUAUCGAUUUGGAAGAACUCGUCACGAAAGGUCUGAAGCGCAUAAAUGAUCUGAUUGAAAAACCGUACGAUAAAACAUCCAUUGAAGCGUUAGAGCGCCGCCUAGAGGAGAUUAGCGAUCGUCGCGACGACUUGAAAUUGAUUGUGAAUAAAAUUGGCAAAAGUGAGGAGCGCCCUAAGGUGACUGCCACCAUGAUGGCUGAUAUCGAAAAGUCCAAGAACAACCUACAAUUGCAUGCCGAUGCUGUGGAGCUUUCGCUGACCGAAUUGAAGCAGAUCAAUAAAUUGUCGGCACGCAACGGCGAUGAUAAAGAUUAUAACGACGAGGCAAGCGGCACGGGUGUAUUGGCUGGCAGCUUUGAUAAAUCCGUUCUACAAAUAUCGGAUUGGCUGACGUGGGAGCAAAAUAUGAUAAAAAUACAGAGUGUUGCCGUGGACGAUGUGGACGCGGUGCGGAUGGCCAUCGAGAAGCAAGAGAAAGUUUUGCGCGAAUUGAAAAUGAAAAAGCCGCAGCUCAAUGAAUUGGUUCACACGGCCGAAGUGCUAAAGGGCGACGUCAAGCGGCAACAGUUGCAGGAAAAAGAAUUAAAACAGUUUUCACUUGCGCCUCAUUGCGCAGCUGAUUUGGAUUAUAUGCGUUGUUGUUUGAAAGUUACACGCUUACGUGAGCACUGGGAUGAGACUUCGCAGUGUGUGUUGCAACGCGCCGCCCAACUGAAGAAUAUGCUCGGCGAUUCACAGCGUUAUGAAACCAAACGCUUGGAGUUGGAGAAGUGGCUGGCACGCAUGGAGGCACGCGCCGAACGUAUGGGCAGUGUCGCCACCACUGCCGACGUUCUGGAAGCGCAACAAAAGGAACAAAAGUCUUUCCACGCCGAGUUGCAUCAAAAUAAGCAACAGUUUGAGCUCUUUAAUGCUUUGACGCAAAAAUUGAUUGCUGUUUACCCAUCAGAUGAUACUACGCGCAUCAAGAAGAUGACGGAAGCCAUCAAUCAAAGAUAUUCUAACCUAAAUAAUGGCGUCAUCAAUCGUGGCAAGCAACUACAUGCCGCUGUACACAGUCUUCAGUCGUUCGAUCGCGCUAUGGAUCAAUUCCUCGCUUUUCUCUCGGAGUCGGAAUCACUUUGCGAGAGCGCCGAAGCUGAAAUUGAUCGCAAUCCGCUAAUGUUCAAGGAUUUACAAUCGGAAAUUGAAACUCAUCGCGUCGUUUAUGAUCGUCUCGAUGGCACCGGCCGCAAAUUGCUGGGUUCACUCACCUCACAAGAAGAUGCCGUUAUGUUGCAGCGUCGGCUGGAUGAAAUGAAUCAACGUUGGAACAAUCUGAAGUCGAAGAGCAUCGCCAUCAGAAACCGCUUGGAGUCGAAUUCGGAGCAUUGGAAUGCGUUGUUGCUGUCGCUGCGCGAACUCACCGAAUGGGUUAUACGCAAGGACACCGAGCAAUCGUCGUUGAGCGUUGGCCCGUUGAUGGGCGACGCAGCUAGUCUACAAAAACAAUUGGACGACCAUAAGGCUUUCCGACGUCAAUUGGAGGACAAACGUCCCAUUGUCGAAAGCAAUUUACUGAGUGGACGACAAUAUAUUUCGAGUGAGCCACCUGUGUCGGACAACAGCGAUACGGAAGCAGCACACGACACCGAUUCUCGUUACUUGAGCGCCGAGGAGCAGAGUCGUGAGCUAACGCGCAGCAUACGCCGUGAAGUUGCCAAACUUUCGGAGCAAUGGAACAAUCUAAUCGAUCGCUCAGACAACUGGAAGCAUCGCCUGGACGAGUACAUGACGAAAAUGCGUCAAUUCCAAAAGACGCUCGAGGACUUGAGUUCACGCGUCGCCUCGGCCGAAGCUACGAAGACAUCAUGGUUACCACCCGUUUCCGCACAGGAGGCCACUGAGCAGAUUCAACAUUUGCAACGCUUGCGCGACAAAAUGACCACCGCCGGUGCGCUGUUGGACGAUUGCAACGAACAGCAGGCAUUCUUCACCGCCAAUCAAGUUUUGGUACCCGCUGUGUGCCUAUCACGGCUGGAAGAUUUGAACACAAGAAUGAAACUUCUACAAAUUGCAAUGGAUGAACGGCAAAAGAUACUUUGCAACGCUGGUGCUAAUCAAGCUUUGGAGAAUGGCGAAGAUGGGCGUACAACAUCGAAUAGUGGCACAAUUGGGCCAUUACCUAACCUAGGACAAAGCGUAAAGCCACCUUGGGAACGUGCAACGACAGCAGCCAAUGUGCCUUACUACAUUGAUCACGAACGCGAGACCACGCACUGGGAUCAUCCAGAAAUGAUUGAAUUGAUGAAGAGUUUGGCUGAUCUUAACGAAAUCCGUUUCUCCGCCUAUCGCACAGCAAUGAAAUUACGCGCUGUGCAAAAACGUUUGGCGCUCGAUCGCAUACCCAUGUCCACUGCCAUCGAAUCGUUCGAUCGUCAUGCGUUGCGCGCACAAAACGACAAACUCAUCGAUAUACCCGACAUGACGACCGUCUUGCAUUCGCUCUAUGUGACAAUCGAUAAAAUCGACUUGACUUUAAUGCUGGAUUUGGCCAUAAAUUGGAUAUUAAAUGUUUACGACUCGCAGCGCACUGGACAGAUACGUGUGCUGAGCUUUAAGGUUGGCUUGAUUUUGCUCUGCAAGGGUCAUCUGGAGGAGAAGUAUCGUUACCUAUUCCGUUUGAUUGCCGACCCGGAGCGCAAAGUCGACCAAAGAAAAUUGGGUUUGCUGCUGCACGAUUGCAUACAGGUACCACGCCAGCUGGGCGAAGUAGCCGCUUUCGGCGGCUCCAACAUCGAACCAUCGGUGCGCUCUUGCCUCGAGCGCGCUGGCAUCUCGCAGGAAGCCAUUGACGCCAAUCAGGAAAUUGCCAUUGAACAAUCACACUUCCUCGGCUGGUUGCAACACGAGCCGCAAAGUUUAGUAUGGAUGCCGGUGCUACAUCGUCUGGCAGCUGCCGAAACGGCCAAACAUCAGGCAAAAUGUAACAUUUGCAAGGAGUAUCCGAUAAUUGGUUUCCGUUAUCGCUGCCUCAAGUGCUUCAAUUUCGAUAUGUGCCAAAAGUGUUUCUUCUUCGGACGCAAUGCCAAAAAUCACAAAUUGAGUCAUCCCAUGCACGAGUAUUGCACAACGACCACCUCAACGGAAGAUGUUCGCGAUUUCACGCGUGCUUUGAAGAACAAAUUCAAGAGUCGCAAAUACUUUAAGAAGCAUCCACGUGUCGGCUACUUGCCGGUACAAAGUGUGCUCGAGGGUGACGCUUUAGAGAGUCCCGCACCGAGUCCACAACAUACCACACAUACGCUGCAAAACGAUAUGCACUCACGCCUCGAAAUGUAUGCUUCCCGUUUGGCGCAAGUCGAGUAUUGUACCGGUUCGAAUUCAACGCCCGACAGUGACGAUGAACACCAACUGAUCGCCCAAUACUGUCAGGCAUUGCCCACAAAUAACGGUAGCGGUCCCAAAUCGCCAGUUCAAGUAAUGGCAGCCAUGGACGCCGAGCAACGCGAAGAGCUGGAAGCGAUUAUACGCGACUUGGAGGAGGAGAAUGCCAAUUUACAAGCGGAAUAUCAGCAAUUGUGCAGCAAACAGAACAGCACCACACCUGACGCAGAUGGUGGCAUGCAGCACUCCACAUCCGCCAUGGGUGGACUAGCGGCGGGCGCUAAUGGCGGUGGUCAAGGCGAACAUGGACAGGAUAUGAUUGCCGAGGCGAAGCUGCUGCGCCAACAUAAGGGUCGCCUCGAGGCGCGCAUGCAAAUACUGGAAGAUCACAAUCGCCAACUGGAAGCGCAAUUGCAACGACUACGCCAAUUGUUGGACGAGCCGAAUAGUGGCGCGGUGAGCGCCGCCGGCUCAGCAUUGAAUUCCAAACCGAACACAUUGCAAACACGCUCCGUGACCGCAUCGCAGCUGAAUACCGACUCGCCGGCGAAAAUGAAUCAACAGAAUGGCCAUUAUGAGCAAAACACAAAGGGCAUGAUGCUACCCGGCAUGGGCAUGAUCAAUAUUGGCAAUACUGGUGCGGGCGGUGGCGCUGCUGAGCAUAUGGGUGUUGGCAAACAUCCGCUCGGUCCUGGACUGGUAGCGCUACAACAACGCGUAGCUAUAAACGCUGCUGGCGUCGGCGGUGGUGGUAUGGGCAUGAUUGGUGGCGGUCAUGGCGGUGGCGGUAUGAGUCACAUGGGUGGCAUCGCUGGCAUCGCUGGCGCAACAGGAAACGGUGGCAUCGAUAUGGGCGGCGUUGGCAUCGGCGCCGGGCAAGGCUUCAUGUUGGACGAUGGUCGUCCACCACCGCCGCCACACUCGAGUCUGCUGCACAAUAUGCCUGCCGCUGAAAUUGGACGUGCCGUUGAAGAGCUGGUGACAGUCAUAACCGAGGAGAUGAUCGAACAAACACAGUGUCAAGAAAACGAUUGCGACACCUUGGGCGAUGAGGAUGAGGAUGGCGAAAGUGUGGCAACGGCGAUAAGUGCUAAAACAAUCAUAAAACCUUUAACGGCAACAACGAAAACCAAAACCAACGUAACAACCACCAAUAACACAACUGCAACGAUACUAAACUAGGAAGAGCACACGAAAAACUAUAAAGAAAUGCGACUGUUAAGGAGGAAGAAAAUGAGUUGAAAAUGAAUGUGGGAAAUGCAUGAAUCCUUAACGAGAGGAUGUCGGCAGUAGUAGACAGAAGCAGCAGUAGAAGUGGAACCAGAAAAUUUGUUAAUGGAUAUGCAGCUAACGGUAUCUAACAUUAUUAGAGCGUGGAGGCUGUCGAAUCCUUUUGCGUAAUAUAUACAUACAUAUACACUUACAUAUAUGCGUAAUAUUGAUAUAUCAUUGCAAUGCAGCUAACUUAUUGUUAAGUAUAAAGAAAUUAAGAGGAAAUAUGAGAAAACACAAUUGUUUAAAUAAAUAAAUAUAAUUAAAUUUAGCUACAAAUACAUAUAAAUAUAUACUUACAUAUGCUUAAUAUGGUAUACAUACAUAUAAACUUAGCGAAAAAAAAACAAAAACAACAAAUCACAUAUUAAAUGCAUACAAUAAAUACAUACAAAUUAUAUGCUAUGAAAUCGAAGAAAUUGGCGAAAAAACGAAAAAAUUGAAUUGACUUUGAAUCAACUUGUUAAUUAAUUCAACUGUUGUUUGCAACUGAUUAGUUAAGAUGAAAGCUUACGAAAAGCUUAACACAAUAACGGUAAUUUUUUGCUGAAAGCUUUUCAAAUGGUAAUGAGUUGCAGAGCAAAAGUGCUAAAGCAGGCGAAAGUGUUAGACUCGAUGGAAAAUUACUCAACUCUUUGUAAAAAUGUGAAUCAAUCAAGUGGCAACAACAACAUGCGCAAAUGUUCAAAGAAAGCUUUCACAAAUAUUGAAAUUUCCGUGUAAAAGAAAUCAUGUAUAUUCUAAACUUAAUUUUUAUUUAAAACGAAUUGUUAUAGUAUAUAUUAAAAGUUUUGCUUAUUUUGUUUCAUAUUUUGCAAUAAGCAUACUACAACAAAAUCAUUGAUUGCAUGAAUGCCAAUAAAUACAAAAUAAAUUUAGUGAAAUACUUAGUAGCUUAUAUGUAAACAUAUCACGAUAAAAACGAAAUAGUCUACCCAAAUAGCUUCGGCAAUAUUAGCCACUCAAAUAUUUUUUUCUAAUAAAAUAAUAAAACUAACAGAAUACACAAACAAAAAUAAAAAAUUGUAAAAGAAAAAUACUAAAAAUGCAUAUAAAAUUAAAAAAAGUAAAUUUAUAUAACUGUUAAGUAACUGGUCUUUGUAAUGCUUUGUAAUUUUAUAUACAUAUGUAUAAAUAUAAAUUUUUAUAGCGAGCAACUUGUAAAAUUAAAUGAAAAACUUUCCCAUGCAGCAGUUAAAGGAAAUGCAAUGCAAUUGUUGCUUUGAUUUUCAUAUUUUUUAACGGUACCCAUAUUUAUUAAUUUGAGUUAAGUUAAUAAGUUAAAAAAAAAAGAAAAAACAACAACAUUCACACAAGUACAAUUAAAACAAAAUUUUUAAAAAAAUUUCAGUUAAAUUUAAAUUAAAAUGUAAUUAAAAUUCAUUACUGUAAAAAUUAAAACUUGUUUCUGUAAAAUUUUGAAAAUAUUUCUUAAAAUACUUGAAAUUGUGUUUACUUUAAGUUUUAUUUUUAUCUUGUAUGCAAAGCAAUUUAAGUGUAAUUUACAUAAUAAAACCCCGUUUAGUUAGUUUUUAAGUUUUAUUUUUUGCUUUGUUUCUUUUAAAAUUUUCAAAUAAAUAUUGCGUGUUUUCAUAAAAUGAUUUUACGAACUAAAAAGUGUUUUCUUUAUUUAUGCCGUUUUUUAUUUAUAUUUAAUUACAAUUACAUAUUUACCCGGAGCUUUUCUCUUGCAAACUUUUGAUGUGACACAAAAAAAAUUAAUAUUUUGAGUUAUACCACAGCAUCUGAAGUUAUAAGACAAAUGAGCUUAAAGCUUUGAAAAGCUUGUUGCUUCAAUACUUAUAUUUUCUUUCCAAAAAGUUUAAAAGAAAUAUUUUAUAAGUUUUUCCGUGUUCUUUUAUAUUUAAGUGAUCUCUGAAAUCUAAAUAAUAAAGAUUUUCGAUAUUUGGAUGACAGCAAAGUUCCGAUUUGAAUGCUAUUCCAUUGUUUGAAUAUGAACAUUAAAAUCUUCAACCAUUUCUCUUAUAACAGUUCACCAUCACGAGACACUCCAGCUAAUACGUUUUCAGUUUUAUUUAUUAAAAAUAAAAAAAUGAAAAAAAAUAUUAACGGAAAACAGACUGUAUAAACUUGUAUUGACAAAAACCAACAUAAAUAUACCACCUUUUCUACUCAUAAAUGUGGUUUUGAUAAGCGAAAUUACAUAACCAACUAUAUAUUGUAUAACUUUGAAUAAUAUUAAACGCGUAUAAUGAAUCAAACUACAAUUAGUGUUGACAUAAAUAUUUUACAAACCAAUCUAAAGAAGUCAAUAAUUCAUUCAAUUAACGUCCACAAUCCGAACCUAAUCAGUAAACCCUAUCGUACUUCUUAGAUUAUUUCCGAAAUAUGCGAAUCAAUAUACUACAAUCUACAUCUAUUAAGCCUAGAAUAUACUAAUAACUUCAAUCUCAGUAAAAAAUGAACCUCCAAAACUGCUUUAAGAAUAUCAAUUCCAUGUCUAUAUAUUUUGAAAAAUAAAAUAUAAAAUAAAAAUAUUUUUAGAAUAAAAAAACAAACGGAACGAAACAAUCUUCUGAAAAUAAACCAAUAAAAAAUAAACAAAAUGUUUCAAAAUUUUAGUAACUGAUACAAAUUUGGAAUACAAUUGAAGAAAUAUAGAUAUACAUACAUAUAAAACUAUAUUAAUAUAGAUCGAAAGGAAAACUUAAAAUAUGUAUUUCUUAUAAGUUAAUGAAAGCUUACAUGGUACUACUAUAAAAGUCCAAAAGCUACAAGCAUCUAUUAUAAACUGGGUGUAAAUUCAAAUAUGUAGAAAAUGCAUGAAAGCUCUUUACAUAGUGAAAGCUUCGCGCGAAAAAAGCAUAACUUAAAACUAACAGUGCGCUGGUUUACGACGCAAUAAGUUAAAGAUGAUAUAAUAACAACUUUUAGCGCUUGGUAAUCCAAUUAUACAUUAUUUUUCAAUUAAGUUUUUCAAGCUUUAUAGUUUAGAGCUUGUACGAGUACACUUGAAAGCUGAAAAUUCGCAAAUGUAAUACAAAAUUAUAAUUUUUAGGACAGUUUUCUAAUUUCUAACGGUACUUACAAUAUGACCAUAUUUUCAUUUAAUAAAAAUUAUUGCUUUAAAUUACAACUAAAUGAAUUUAUGCAAUUGACUUGGCUCUGAUGAGCGUAAUAAAAGUGCGUGGAGUCCAAUCUUUUGAAAGUAUUACUAGUAAUAUUUUAUUACACUCACUGCCAAUAUGAACGAACAGAAACCGCUUUAUGCUUUUCAAAGCAAUCAUAGCACCAUAAGCGAAAGCUUGCACAACUCACCUCCUGACUGCUAUUUAAACACAUACACAAUUCUCUAAGACACUAAAAAUUAAUAUCAAAUAAUAUUUUGCUUCUGCUUCCCUUUCUUGCAUUUGGAUCAACAUAUUUUUCAUUCAAAUUAUAUGAAAUGAAAGCUCUUUAAACUUUCGGACUGAUCAAUUUAAUUUUUACGUAAUAAUAUUUUCUGUUAUUUGAAACAAUUCUUUAAAUUUUAAAGUUACACUGUUAUGAAAGCUCACUAAAGCUUCAUGUAAGCUUGUAUUGAGAAGAUCGCUCGACUCUAUAAACUAAAUGAAUGUGUGUUUAAAAUAUACGUAAAUAUAUAUGAAUAAUAUGCAAAGAUAUCUGACAAUAUAUUACAGUAUUACAGAUAUUUGUGUGUUUAAAUGUGAAAACAAGCGUAUCGAAAAAUUGUAUUGAACAACAACAAAAGAAAAUUCAUUGUAAGAUCAAAUGCGAUAAUGUCAUUCUAUAGUCGUUUUUCUUAAUUUUGUAACGAAUUUAAAAACAUAUCCAAUAACAUACUAGUACACUUCCUAUAAUUCAUAUACUUAUACAUAUACAUACAAAAUAUUCAUAUCAUAUAAUAAAUCUAUAAAAUAGUUAAACGCUAAUUACAUUCAAACAUAUGCACAUGCACAUAUAUAGCAAGUAACUUAAAUAAUUGUUUGAAUAAACGAAUUUAGGAAAAUUAUCAAAAACAGAAACAGAAAAGUUUACAAUUAAUAAUGCGAAAACAGAAAUACAUACAUACAUAUAUUCGAAUAAAAGAUUUAGAAUUCACAUAUCCUGAAAUAUAAACAGUGCUGCAAGCCACAAUUAGAUUUUAAAAUUAAUAAAAAAUAAAUGUACGUUUCUACAAAUUCAUUUGCUCGAUCUAGCCGGUGUAGCUCAUGUAGCCGGUGUUUGACGAUUCUCCCAAAAUUGAUUAGUGGUGAAUCGAACAAGCAAAUGGUAGGAACAAUACGAGCGGAAGAGUAGGAAGAGUAGUGACUAUUGAAAAUCAACUGGUGUGUAAUUGUAUCAAGUUUAGUUAGGCAAUAUGAUUACUUUCCAUUCACAUAGUUUAGACUUGAACAGAAACAGUUGAAUUCAUAGCUUAUUGUGGUAAAUUUUACCAUCAGCACAAUACUACAAACUUCCAAAGUAAUUUGAAUACAUAUUCGAGUUCGAUAAUAAAUUAGUUUAUAUGACUAAGCAGUUUCUUUCCUCUUUCUUUCUUUUUUUGCUUAACAAUUUCUCACGGGAUUAGUAUUUUCUUGUGAUACUUCCUAUACGCGUUCGUACAUCGUUCUCUCAUGUUUUGAACACUGGCAUAGUUGAAUAACCUCAGCCGAUGCUAGACCACAAACAUACAUGUAAAUAUACAUGUUAAUUGUUCUCAAAAAGUUGUUCAAAGUGCUGCUGAGCAAAUAGAUUUUAGUAGAUUACAAAUUGAAGUUCCUUCGGGACCUAGUGAUGAUAUUCGCUCUGCAAAUAUUCAUAGAAACAAUUUGGGCGCCCCUUAAGCGCAAAGCACUGUGGUUAAGAGAGUUCUCUUCGAUUAAGAUUUCUACCUGCCAACAUUUUUCUAAGCAAGUGACCCGAUAUUCUAAGAAAACUAUUUAAAUUUCUAUUCAUCAUUAAGUAAGCUCCUAGUUCGAAACACACAUAUUAUUUCCCCAACUAAACUCAUUAAAACAACUGUAAAUGUAAUUAAAUGGAGUUAUACUUAAAUAUUGUAAAUCAAAUAUGCGGAACAGUGGUCAUCGCAAUAAAAAUCAGAUAAAACAUAAAAAAACACUAUAAUUAUAAUUAUAAUAUGCUGACGUCAUAAUAUACUGCCUAACUAAACGAAAUUCUGACUAACUUCUGACAAAACAGAAAAAACAAAAAAAAAUAUUUGUCGUUUGAUUAAACAAAAAUAGAUAAAACAUAUUUUAUUGAACUACCUAAUAAGAAAAUACAAAGCAAACAGAGCAAAAACGUGUAUCUCGGACACAACAGCGAAAGCUCACAAAGUUCAUAGAACUUACAAAAAUCUGAACAACUUUAAACUUAACGGACAAUUAUAAAGCAAAGUUCUGUAAGUAUAAAGUUUGGUGAUUUUUCGAGCACCUAUAAAUUAAAUAUUAGCAGGCUCAUCAAGGAAUAUAUACUUAAUAUCUACUACAUACGAUAAGUUCCAUUUUUCGUCUUUUUACUGCCAGCAACCGCGU